AUGGGAGUUGCAAACGGGAAAUAUGAUGUUGACUUCAAUGAAGAAGCCAACCUCUACCAUUUUAGGUUAUUACGCGUUGUUGGGAAAGGAGCAUUUGGGAAGGUCAGAAUUGUAGAACGAAAAGAUAACAAACAACUUUUCGCAUUAAAAUAUAUUUCAAAGGAUGAAUGCAUUAGAAUGGAUGCACUUCGGAAUAUACUUCGGGAGAGAUCAAUGUUGGAACAAUUGGAUCAUCCAUUGGUAUGCAAUCUUCGUUUUGCAUUCCAUGAUGAUGAAUAUAUGUAUAUGGUUAUGGAUCUAAUGAUGGGAGGAGAUUUAAGGUUUCAUUUGAAUCGUAAAACAUUUACGGAGGAUGCAAUUCGUUUUUGGAUAGCCGAAAUUUCAUGCGCAAUAAGAUAUUUACAUUCCAAGGGAAUAGUUCAUAGAGAUAUUAAACCAGACAAUAUUCUUCUUGAUGACAAAGGCCAUACACAUAUAACUGAUUUUAAUAUAGCAACACAUGUAAGGAUGGAUAGACCACUAACAUCUCAUUCUGGAACAUGUGCUUACAUGGCUCCGGAAGUAUUUAGAGGAGGUGGAUAUGGUCCCACUGUUGAUUGGUGGUCCUUAGGAGUUUUAUUUUACGAAUGUAUAUAUGGAAAGCGUCCUUUUGAAUGUGACGUUCAAGAAGAAUUAAAAAAGAUGAUUGUUAAAGCACCAAUUAAAUAUCCUGAUAUGGAUCCACCAGUCAGUCCUGCUUGUAUUUCAGCAGUUCAGGGUUUUCUUGAGCGUGACAUUUCAAAACGUUUAGGUUGUGGACCAAAUGGAUUUGCACUUAUUCAAAGUCAUCCUUUUUUCCGUAAUAUUGAAUGGCCUGCACUUGAAACUAAAGGAUUAAAUCCAAUUUUUCGUCCAUCAUCAGAUAGAAUCAAUUUUGAUGCCACAUAUGAAUUAGAGGAAUUACUUUUAGACGAACAACCAUUGGAAGCUAAACCUCGUCGUCGAAGAAAACAUAAAGAAGGUGAAUGCAUCGAAAAAGAUGCACAAUAUCAAUUAAUUGAAGAAAAAUUUAAACCAUUUGAUUACACAGUUUUCGAAAGAUAUGAAGGUUGGGUAGAUCCAAUUACGAGAUGUGUUGCAGAUCCACCGGAAUGGGUCAAACCUGCAGCCGUUGAAGUUGCAAAUCAAAUGGAAAGAGAAAGUCAUGAUGGAAUAAGAGUAGGAUCUAGUGAUCUAGCAGGAAUAUCGUUAGAAAGUGGAGUUCAAGUUUAA